AUGCCAGUAUCGGAGGUGCGAAGACGCAGACUGGCAAGACUAAGUCACGGUUCUGCCGAUGAUACACAAGCAAAAACUACGUACAUUGAAUCAAUACCUUCAAAAACAACAACUGCCAACGGAAACAAGAAAAGGAAAUUAAACAGAAGCAUCGACACUCAAAAACAUACCGAAACAAAAGAAGAACGAUUGUCUCAUAUUGUUACGGACUUCAAUUUUGCGGUCCGUGAAUUAUUUGCAUUAAAGGAAUACAAAUCAAUUGUAUAUUAUAACCCAGCAGAUUACUCUCAUCAAUCUGCAAAACCUCAGAUACCUGAUCAAUUUGAAGAUUUCAUAAAAGAUGAGAAAUAUAAAUUAGUGUGGGAUGAAGAGAUUGAGAAUGAUAAGGAAUUGGAAACAUUACCUUUAAGAUUUCAGAAGAAGAUAUUGGCCGACCGAGAAAAGGCUUUAAUAGAGAAAUUUCCCUUUCGAAAUAACGUUAUUGAAAGAAGCAAUGAAAUCGAAUCAAGUAUUAUUAAUAGAAUUGAAGACAGAACUGCCGUAGAUGCAAAUAAAGUAAAACCAAAACACGAGGCUCAGCCUAAAAUCGAACAAGAACAACAACUGCCAGGACGGCCAGGACGACCAGGAAGACCAGGUCCAGGAAGACCGCCUAGUCGACCAGGACCUGGAAGACCGCCUGCAACUACAGGGCGUAGAGGACCAGGCAGGCCACCCGGAACCCCGGGACGAAGAGGAAGACCACCUAGGAAAGAAAUAUUAAAUGAAGAAGACGAGGAUGAAAUUAUAGAGGAAAUAGGAGAUGAAGAGCAAGAGCAAGAGCAAGAGGUGGCCGUGGGAAUUGAAGAAGGGCCUAGCUCUAGGUUUAAAAGUAUUAAAUUUACAAUUCCACCAUCUUUUGUUACUCAUCCAUCACAUAUACCGAAAUGGAAACCUGAGAAACAACAAAAGUUUGAGAAAAUGGCUGAUCAAGAAGAGCAUAAAAUUGUUGAAUUUGAUCCUUCCUCUUUAAGCAUUAUUCAAUCUAAGGAUGAAACUAUAUUGGCUCCAGAAGUAUCAAAUAAGCUUCAACUGUUUUUAGAUAAUGAAUUUAAAACUCCCAUUAUAGAUGAAGCAAACAUGCCUGAUUUUAAUUAUACAGCCCAAGAAUAUGAGUCUAUUAUGCAACAACAAGAAUCCAUGUUCAAGAGCAUACAGCAUAAGAUCACAGUAGAGAAUAGUCUAGAGUUGAACGUUGACAAGUUAGAAAGGCGUAAAGUAGUACUUCCUCAAACAUCCACGCGACUUACUGAUCCAUUUAGACUGACUGCAACUUUAUAUCCAAAACUGCAAGGUGUGCAAAACACUUAUACACACCAUGAUCACUUAAUUUCACAGGGUAUUGCAUUCUCCAAGGUACAUCAACAAAUGAGAAGACAGCAUCAAUUGAGAACAAGGAAAGUUGCCCAGAUGAUUGAACAACACUUCAAAAAGAAGAAGGGGGAGAAAGAGAGACUUUCAAGAGAACGAGAACAAAACCUUAAACGAAUUAGUAGAAUGGCUAUGCAAGCAGUCAGAAAAAGAUGGAAUCAGGCAUAUAAAGUAUAUAAAUAUAUCCAAAAUGAGAAAGAAGAAGAACUUAAACAGAUCAAAGGUAGGGAGCAUUUGAGUCAAAUGUUAGAACAUUCUACCCAGUUAUUGGAAGCCCAGUUGAAUCCAUCUUCAAGAGAACAAACUGCUGAUAUUACCAGUGCUGAUGAAUUAAAUAGACAAGAUUCAGAUAAUUUUAGUUCCAGUUCGGAUGAAGAAGAAACUUCAAAAGUGGAAGAUCUUGAUGAUAUGAAUCUUUCAAUAGAGCAAUUAAAGAUGAAAUAUGCAACCAUGGAUGUAACUGGUUCGUCUACUAGUGCUUCAGAAAAUGAGGCAAGUGAAUCUGGAGCAGUAUCCUCGGAAGUUGAGGCAGACAGCUCACAGCUAGAACAACUGGAAAGUGAGGAUGAUGGAGAUGAAACUGAUGUUAGUCGCGGACUUGCGUCGUUAUAUGGUGUUGAUGAAGUUUCCCAGAGCCCUGCACCUGUUGAAGAGUACACCAAAGAACAGUUGGAAUUGAUAGAUAAAUUGAGCAAAGAAGCCGAAUCCAGCAAAGAUCCGCUUUUAGAUUCAGAUGAAAGUAGUGAUAUGUCAGAUUCUGAGAUGUCCGAUGUUGACGAAGAAGAUGAAACGAUGGAAGGAGAAGAAGAAGAACAAGAAGCAAACGCAAAUGGAGGAUUGGAAACACCAAAAAGUGGUUUAGCAAGCCUAUUCAAUGGAGCAAUGGAUGAAAACGAAUCCAGUGAAGCAGAAGAUUUUGAAAUGAGUGACGAGCAAAAUGAAAGUGAGGAUGAAUUCAUGUCGUCUUCCGAAAAUGAGAGCGAUCAGGAAAAUGGGGAUCUAGAGAAAAAUGGACACAUCAAACCGAAUGAAACAGAAAAGGAAGCACAAGAGGAUGACGAAGAUAUGGAAGUUAUCAAUGGAUCCAAAGUUAGAGAUGUUCCCAUUCCAUCCCUUUUGCGAGGAACAUUACGUCCAUAUCAGAAACAAGGUCUUAAUUGGCUUGCCAGUUUGUAUAACAACAACACAAAUGGAAUCCUUGCAGAUGAAAUGGGAUUGGGGAAAACCAUUCAAACAAUUUCUUUGUUGUCGUAUUUAGCAUGUGAACAUCACAUUUGGGGACCACAUUUAAUCAUCGUUCCAACUUCGGUCAUGUUGAAUUGGGAAAUGGAGUUUAAGAAAUUUGCACCUGGUUUUAAAUUAUUAACAUAUUAUGGCUCCCCUCAACAAAGAGCUCAGAAAAGAAAAGGUUGGAACAGACCCGAUGCAUUCCACGUAUGUAUUACUUCAUAUCAAUUGGUUGUUCAAGAUCAACAAUCGUUUAAGAGAAGAAGAUGGAGAUAUAUGAUUUUAGAUGAAGCUCAUAAUAUCAAGAAUUUUAGAUCCACACGUUGGAGAGCAUUAUUAAAUUUCAACACAGAAAAUAGGUUGCUUUUAACUGGUACUCCAUUACAGAACAAUUUGAUAGAAUUAUGGUCCUUAUUAUAUUUCUUGAUGCCUUCAUCCAAAGUCAAUCAAGCUAUGCCUGAGGGAUUUGCUAAUUUGGACGAUUUCCAGCAAUGGUUUGGGAAGCCAGUGGAUAAGAUAUUGGAACAGACAACUAUGGGAAAUACAUCAGAUAUAGUUGAUGAGAAUGAACGAACUACCCUGAAGAUGGAUGAAGAGACAAGAAAUACUGUUAGUCGAUUGCAUCAAGUUUUGAGACCAUAUUUAUUACGUCGUUUGAAAAAGGAUGUCGAAAAGCAAAUGCCUGGGAAGUAUGAACAUAUUGUGUAUUGUCGUUUAUCGAACAGACAGAGAUUCUUAUAUGAUGACUUUAUGUCUAGAGCUAAAACCAAGGAAACUUUGGCAUCUGGGAACUUUCUUUCAAUCAUUAACUGUUUAAUGCAACUUAGAAAGGUGUGUAAUCAUCCUGAUUUAUUUGAAGUUAGGCCAAUUGUCACGUCGUUUGCCAUGCCUAGAUCAGUUCCGUCAUAUUAUCAAAUGACCAGUGAUUUAGUGACCAGGCAGGUUGAGAAUAGUAGUUUCAAAAACAAUGUCGAUUUUACUGUCUUGAAUCUUGAUAUUACUAACGCUGAAGGAUUGAAUUGUUUUGUUGCCCAAUCUUGUGACAAGUUGAAAUCAUCCAAACCCCUUGAAAAUCAGGUAUCGAAAUUAGCUUUGGUUGAGAAUGGAUUUUCAUCUAGUACAAAAACCGAUGUGAGUGAUUAUGUGAACUACUACCAGUAUUUAAAGGCUGAUGAACAAAUCGAACUUCGAGAAAAGUUGACCCACGCCUUAUAUUUAAAUUCAUUGAGGUGUGGUCGAAAACCAAUUUAUGGUCAGUCACUACAUAAAUUCCUUACCAAAAAGAAGACUAGUUUUGACGAAAAUGAAUUAUUAAAUAAGUUUUUGAUUACUAUUCCACAAAGGGUUACGCAAAUGAGUGAAACGAUCGAGAAGUUUUCCAUUAUUACACCAUCCGUAGUUGCACUUGAUAUGAAAGAUCAGUUGAUACCAAUUUCAACUCAACAUAAAAUUAAGAAUCAAAUUGCCCGUAAGAAAAUCAAAAAUCCGUUUCAUAAAUCCCAAGUCAAAUUGUCAAUUGCGUUCCCAGAUAAGUCUUUGUUACAGUAUGAUUGUGGGAAAUUACAAAAGCUUGCUUCCUUAUUGCAAAAGCUAACAUCCGAGGGCCAUCGAGCACUUAUCUUCACCCAAAUGACAAAAGUUUUAGACAUUCUUGAGCAAUUCUUGAAUAUUCAUGGUUAUAGAUAUAUGAGAUUAGAUGGUGCAACCAAGAUUGAAGACAGACAACUUUUGACUGAAAAAUUCAAUCGAGACCCAAAAAUCCCAGUAUUUAUCUUGUCUACUAGAUCUGGUGGGUUGGGUAUUAAUUUGACCGGUGCAGAUACGGUUAUUUUCUAUGAUUCGGAUUGGAAUCCUGCAAUGGAUAAACAGUGUCAAGAUCGUUGUCAUAGAAUUGGACAAGUCAGAGACGUUCAUAUUUAUCGAUUUGUUUCUGAAUAUACUAUAGAAUCAAAUAUUCUUAAAAAGGCAAACCAAAAGAAACAAUUAGACAAUGUGGUUAUUCAAGAAGGUGAAUUCACUACCGACUACUUUGGGAAGUUUUCAGUCAAAGAUCUUGUUAGCGAUCCGAACAUUGGAGAUGAUAUUUCGGAUAGAACCAUUGAUUUCUCGGGUGAUGUAAAGAUGGGUAAUGUCUUUGCUCAGGCAGAAGAUGAAGAGGAUAGAGUGGCUGCUGGUGCCGCAUUAAAGGAAGUUGCUAUUGAUGAUGAAGAUUUCCAAGAUGAAAGUAAGUCUGUAACGGCUGCUGGGACACCAGCUCAAACUCCUGCGCCUGACGCUCUAAGUGGUGCCGACGAAGAAAUGGAUGUUGAUUUCGAAGAAGGAAUUGGCCAUAUUGACGAGUAUAUGUUAAGAUUCAUCUCUGAUGGCUAUUAUUUCUAG